AAAAGCGUAUGUAAGUUUCAUUUUGAUUAGAUUAGUCUAAAUUCCAGCUGACAGCACUUUUCACAUGUCAUAUACUAAUGCUGAUAAAAGUAAUAUAAAUGCAUUCAUUUGAAUAUCUUAUUGGAUGACUUUAUUGGAUCUGGCUUUACAAGACGUAUAAAAGGAGAAUGCUGCAUUUGUAGUUGCAGUUAUAAAAUACAAACGGCUGAAUAGAAAAACGAAAUGUGCUAUGCAAACUUAUGUCAAGUGUAUGAAUUUAUUAUACGUGCAUUAGUGUGUUUUCUUACUUUUUAAAAGAUAUGGAAACAUUAAUUUCAACGAACACUUUCAAUGCGACGAUUUCUCUUUACGAUGAAGCUAAUCCUUCAGAAUUGUCGAUCAUCACAACUACUGUAGGACCAAAAUUUGCAAGACAAUGGAUGCGUUUUAAUAAUCAAACAGUUGUUAGCAAAGUACCUGAAGAAAUGUUACAUUUAAUUGAUACAUAUUGGUACAGGUUUCCUCCAUUGAAUCCAUUAUGGCAUAAAGUCUUAGGCCUAGUUAUGAUCAUAUUAGGAAUUAUGGGAUGGUGUGGAAAUGGCGUGGUAGUUUAUAUUUUUUUAAUAACACCCUCGCUAAGAACACCGAGCAACCUUCUUGUAGUAAAUCUUGCUUUCUCAGACUUUAUAAUGAUGGGCUUCAUGUGCCCUCCCAUGGUAAUUUGUUGUUUCUACGAAACAUGGGUCCUUGGAACAUUAAUGUGUGAUAUUUAUGCAAUGAUUGGUUCAUUAUGUGGGUGUGCUUCUAUAUGGACAAUGACAGCUAUUGCUUUAGAUAGAUAUAAUGUUAUAGUGAAGGGUAUGUCUGGAACACCGCUUACUAUUAACAGAGCUAUAUUUCAAAUUUUAGGUAUCUGGUUAUUUGGUUUAUUGUGGACUAUUUUACCUUUAGUAGGAUGGAACAGGUAUGUUCCCGAAGGUAACAUGACAGCAUGUGGUACGGAUUAUCUUACCGAGGAUUGGGGAUCUAAAUCUUAUAUAUUAAUCUAUUCUAUGUUCGUUUAUUACACUCCAUUAUUUACUAUUAUUUAUAGUUAUUACUUCAUUGUUUCUACGGUCGCUGCACAUGAGAAAGCAAUGAGAGAACAAGCUAAAAAAAUGAAUGUCGCCUCUUUACGAUCCGGAGAAAAUCAAGGCGGUAGUGCGGAAGCAAAAUUAGCGAAGGUAGCAUUAACAACAAUAUCAUUGUGGUUUAUGGCCUGGACACCAUAUCUUGUAAUCAAUUAUAUCGGAAUAUUCAAUCGUUCUCUGAUCACACCCUUAUUUACUAUAUGGGGUUCUCUGUUCGCAAAAGCGAAUGCAAUAUAUAAUCCGAUUGUGUAUGGAAUCAGUCACCCAAAAUAUAGAGCAGCGCUGAAGGAAAAGCUACCGUUUUUAGUGUGUGGUUCGACCGAGGAUCAGGCUGCUGCAUCUGGAGGAGAAAAAGCGGAAACAGAUGGAAAAUCUUAAAACAGUAAAAUGCUUCAAGGACGUGUAAUUGUAUAUAUACAAAGGUCUUUGGUAAAUCAACCUCCGUUUAAGUAUGAAUUUUUAUUUAAGGAAAUGUGCUCGCCUGGCGAUAAUAAUUAAAGCAAGCACACUGUUACUUGCAUGAUUUAUUUUGCUUUUAUAAAAUUAAGGUACAGAUACGACGCUCCCAUCACAUUUUACAAUAAUAGAAUAUGCUUAGUAAACACAGAGCUGUUGGUACAUAUGUACCUGCUAUACCAAAGUGACCAUGUAUAUUGCUACGCAAUAAAAUGUACAAAAUCAAAAUCAUCUUACCUAUGAAUUGAUGUUAAAUGACUCGCAUUGUGGUGAAAUGAGAAUCAUACAUUAAAUCAUAGGCGAUUCGAAUAUUUGCUGAUUUAAUACCGCGUAAUCCAGCAAUUCCGUAUAUGUAUUUAGGCAUUUUAUUUUCUUCUUCAUUGAAUUAGAUCUGGUUGUCAGGCGGCGGCGUUGUCUCUAAUUUCUGAACACAUUUUCAUUUUUAUUAUUUCAAUUUUUCAUCGAUCUUAUCUGGGUUAACGAUAAAAAGAAGAUCUCUGAACACGACAAUCGAUGUUAGUAUAUAUAUACAAAUCGUGUCUGCAUUAUUCUUAUUUAAUCAAGUAUUUAAUCGAUUAUGUGACCAUGCGUGAUAAUAAUUUUGAAAGCGAAAGGUACCGACAAGCUGUUUUACGCGUUUGCUUUUUCGCUGUCCGCGACGGUGGUGGUUGUCGACGUUGCGUCUGCGGGUGGUGCCGGGUUGGCGCACGCCAACGAAGGGAAUUUCUCAAACAAUGCAGCUCGAUACUUCGGAUGACUGGAAAAGGAUGAAAAUUAAACAGACCCCCAGAUGGUGAAAAGCGGACUGAUCUUAACGAGUUCGAAACAUCCGGAGAAAUUGAUGACCAAGUAUGGUGUCCAUGCCAUGAACCAUAAAGAGAUGGUCAUAAGAGCGACCUAAAAAUCAUUAAAACGUUUUGUCGUUGAAUUGCUUGUUAGAACAGAAGAUCGAGAUAUACAUAUAUCUUUGUACCUUUGCCAGUUUACACUCGGCACUGGUGUUUUGAUUCUCCGACGAUCGUAGAGAAGCGACGUUCAUCUUUUUCGCUUGCUCACGCAUGUUCUUCUCGUGAGUAGCGACCGCCUGAAUGAUGAACCAAUAACUCCAAAUGAUAAGAAACAGGGGCAAGAGGUACACCCAUAUGCUGUACAUGACUAUGUAAGAGAUGGAGCUAAAAUCCUUGGUGAAGUAAUCGGUGCCACAGGCGGUCAUAUUACCUUCCGCCUAGCACAGGAGCAACGGUCCAUAUUAACGAGAAGAGCCAUAUGCCCAGUAAACGGAGGAGAGCUCCGUUAAUGGUCAGUGGUCUACCAGAUAACCCUUUGACGAUCACGUUGUACCUAUCGAACGCGAUCGCUGUCAUUGUCCAUAUGGAGCUACAUCCGAACAAGGAGCCCAACAUCGCGUAGAUUUGACAGAAAAGAGGUCCGAAUACCCAUGUCUCGAAAUAACAAUUGAUUAUCUAUCGAGGAAAGGAGAAUGCCGAUCGUCGUCGUUAGUUAAUUAGGAGAUCGAAGAAUUUCUAAUGUUUAACAGUUCGACGCACCAUAGGCGGAGACAUGCAGAACAUCAUUAGGAAGUCGCUGAUGGCAAGGUUGAUUACGAAUAGAUUGCUCGGCGUGCGAAGACUUUUUGUCGAAAGGAAUAUGUAAACGACCAUGCCGUUUCCCGAUACGGAGAUGAAACCAAGUAUACCGAUCACCAAGCCGAGAAUCGCGUGCCAUAACGGGUUCAGGGGUGGGUACUGGUACCAGUGAGCGUCGAUCAGAUGGAGCAUAUCCGGUGGAACCUUGUCGACCACCGUCACGUUACCAAACUGAUUACCACCUUGGCCACCCGCCCAUGAAUGGGCCUCGAAGAUCGGCCCCGAAACGUGAGGCAUUCUGAAAUCUGUAAACGUUAAAACGGCACACCCCUGUUGACACUGUCAUUCGAUCGGAUGAUCGAUCAAACAAACUUUCACAUUUUCUAACUUGGACCGAACGAAACACCAACACACUAUCUUCGCGACUCACCUGCGGACUACUUGGAGAAAAUCGUGGUAAAACGAACUAAUCCAAGCGCGCGUUUCAAUUACGAUUGGCCACGAUGAAUUCUUUAAAUUGAAUAGGAUUUAGGAAUAGGCUGGUUAGGUCCACUGUUGGAUGCGGCUCGUUCCAAACUCCUCCGACUUCCGUUUAAAUAUGAAUCGACCACUUCGCUCGGCUCUCCCAUAUGUACCCUUACGUCUGCUUUUCUUCCUAUAUGUCAUCGCGAUCUAAGACGACAAACAGUCUUAAGAAGGUCUUUAUUAAGUUAACGAGGAUUUAAGAAUACCUUGGUGUAUUCUUUAGUGCCGCACACAGAAACCUUAUAAAGUUAAAAUAAGAAUAAAACACGAAGAAUCACCCUAUCCUUUGAUACCCUUCUCCUAUAGCAAUCUUAAACUUGUAAUAGAAUCUUUGCAAUCUUUCUUACGUUAGUCGUUUGAAUACCUUUUAAAAACUGUCAAUGCGUUUUAAUCAAUUUUCUUCCCGCAUCGAUGUCUUUGUUCACGCGAAAGGGAGAAAUAUUAAAACGACCAUAUUUACGCAUUCGUGAUUUUUAUAGAUAUACAAGUUUUAUUUAGAUUUAAACUUUAAUAUGGUUUCAUGAUGUAACGAGCUUAUUAUAAUAGUGUGUAAUUUUGUUGUUCAGCUUUGGUAGACUCCAGAAUAGAGUUUCGUGUUUUCUUCUUAUAAGAAAAGGGGGUGCAGAUCCUACCUUUCAAACAUACACGUACCCUUAAUUUAUUUUCUAAGUUUAUUUAAUUUACAUUAUUCAUUUUCUUAGUUUAUUAUAUAAACUCAUAAGGAAGAUGAAA